CUCAGGACUUUUUUGGGAAUUAUUUCCCAAAAAAACUAGAGUCCUUUCUGUUGGGGAUAAUUCAGACUGAAAUUCCCAGGUGUCAGAAAAGGUUAUUUAUAUAUGCAACAACCGCAGCCCAUGAUUUGUUAGCCCCAAAAUAGAAAAUGAGCGAGCUUGCAACCAAAGAAGAAUGGCAACUUAAGUUGACAGAAAAUGCACAACUUGCAGACUUAACAUAGAGAAUUAGAGAACAAGAACAACAUACAUUUCAAGGUGAUUGGAAAACGUUUAUUGAAUAUAUGGGAAAUGACUGUGUGCAGCUGAAAACGCUGGCAGCAUUAAGAUAAAUUCAACAGUGGAAAUAAGUUUUGAUGGAUGCAAUAAUGGAAAACUGAUUGGUUGAUUGGUAUAGUUUUCGUAAAAUAGCAGGGAUACAAGAUAUGUAAAAUGAACCAUGGAAAGAGAAGAAGGGAAGUCAUUGAUAGCUUAAGUAUGUAAAAUAUUUAUCUGAAAUUGUAAAGCAGAAAAUUUAAUAAAAAUAAUAUUUUUUAAAAGUCCUGCUUCACUAACCUUUUUGAAUUAGUUUAGAGUGACAACAAGCAUAUAGAUAGAAUUAAUCCAUUGACAUUGUGUAUUUAGACCUUCAAAUUGUAAGGACUGUGAGGAACUCCAAAAGUAUUUCUCUAAACUCUGUGAAUGGGCAGUAAAAUGACAACUGCACUCAAUGUAAGCAAGUGCAAAUUGAUACACACAGGGACAAAAGAAGAAGAAAAUCUUAAUUGAUGGUGACUUACCAGGAAGAAGAUUUGCGGACAUGGAGAUGAAAAAGUCAACCCAGUGUGUGGCAGAUGUGAAAAAGACAAAAUCCAUGUUAGGGACCAUUUUUUAAAGAGUUUGAAAAUAAGAAAAUAUAUUUGAAAAUAUAUUUGGUGUGACCACAUUUGGAAUACUGUGCAGAGUUCUGAUCACCCCCACCUCAGAAUGGAUAUUGUCGAGUUGGGGAAGGACAACUAAAAUGGUCAAGGGGCUGGAGUGACACCCCAUGAAGAAAAGUUACAACAUUUGGGACUUUUUAGUUUAGGAAAAAUACAAGUAAGGGAGGACAUAAUAGAGAAGCACAAGAUGAUGUAUAGUGUGGAGAAAUUGGAUAGAGAGGAGCUUUCCUUUCUCUCUCAUAAUGCUAUAAGUUGUGGCAGAUGAAAAUGUUAGACUUUUUGGAGCUGGCUGACCUGACUGGGAGAAUCCGCGAUCAUAAAGAAGAGGAAUAUCAAGAAGAUUGGAAGAAAUUUAAAGACUACUUAGCUAAAUAUUGUAAUAUAAAACAAUAAAAGUCACUUGAAAGUACCGAAAUGGCUUAGGAUUGGAGUAUGAAUGUAUUUUAAAACAUUAUGGAUUUAGGACAUGCUGAAAAGAAAGGAAGAUAGUUAUUUGAAGGAGGUAAUUUCAUUAGAAAGAGGAUUUUGGAAAACUGUUACAAGGUGAUUCAAUGAAAUUCAGAUAGGGGGGGUUCGAGGAAGUCAGUUAACAAUGUCAAUGAAAUUGGGUUGUAGAAUAAUAUUGGUUUAUAUUUUUGUCUUUUUCUUUUAUUUUUCUUUCUUUUUAGUAUUGUAAUGUCUUUUUCUUUGUGUGUUGUAUUUGCUAUAAAUCUGGAAAAUCAAUAAAAAACUUUGAAGAAAAAAGAAGUUGUGGACAUCCGGUGAAGCUAAACACUGGAAGUUUGAGGGCACACAAAUGAAAACACUUCUUCGCACAAUGUACAUAGCUGAACUGUGGAAUUAAUUCCCAUACGUUGUGAUUUGCUGCCAAAUUGGAUAGCUUUAGGCAAAUCUAUAAAGGCCAAGGCUAUCAGGAGCUACUCGCCAUUAUGGCUAUGUUCUACCUCCACUUGUCGGAAGCAGUAUGAAUACCAGUUGCUGGAAAUCAUAAAGUAGGGAGAGUGCUUAUUGUGUGCUUCCCACAAGCGUCUGGUUGGCGACUCUGAAAAUAGGAUGGCGGAUUAGAUAAGCCUUUGGUCUGAUCUAGCAGAGCUCUUAUGUUUGCAUAAGAACAAAUGAGGUGCAGGUGUCUCUUGAUGUGUGUGCAGACGGAGAAAUGAGCUUUUCAGGGUAUGCAAGGGAGCAGCAAAUGCCUUUAUAAAUGUGUUACCAAAUGCCUGAGAAUUCUAAUACAUUUUCAGGUUAAAGAUCCUAGGAAAUGAUAUACAAUGAAUUGAAAAGGAUGUUUAAUUUUUGCCAGUUUUGCCCGUCAUUUUGGCAAAAAUGACAGACAAAUUGAGAGGUAAUACUGAACAAACAUUUAUUCGGAAAUGGGGUAUGUAUAAAAAGUAUUUAAAAGAUUAUUGUACUAGUAUAAAGUCAUUGGCAGGACUGGAAUGACUUCUGUGACAUGAUGGAUAAUUAUAGAAGAUAUUACUGAUGAUUAAAAAGAAAAUGGAGAUUGAUAGUGCACCAGAUAAAAUAAGCAGUAAAUACACGAUGGGGUGGCGGGAAGUCGUUGGGAACUUAAGAAGAAUGUAUAGGGAACAAAAAAUGUGACUUUCUUUUUGUAUUUAUGUCUUGAGUAUAUACAUAUGUUUGUUAUUAUUUAAUAACAUCAAUAAAGCCUAUUAUUAAUAAUAAAAAAGGAUAUUUAAAGUAACAUUUGUAAAAAAAACAAAAAAACUUAGAUGCUUUUCUUUUGGGAAUUAUAGGGAUAGAACUACUGAAACUGUAUAGAAACUUAUUUGUGUAUGCGACUACAGGAACAAGAAUGUUACUGGCUGCAAAAUGGAAAGAAGCAGAAGUCCCAGCAAAGGAAGAAGGGAUACAAAAACUUAUGGAAUAUGCAGAAAUGGUGAAACUUGCUGGAAGAAUAAGAAAUCAAGAUAACGGACCUUUUUAAUAAAAGAAUGGGAAUGGUAUAUGGAAUAUUUACAGAUAAACUGCAAACAGGUAAGAACACUGCCAGGAUUAUUGUAAUGACCUGCAGUUUUAUAAGAGCAUAUAUUCAAAGUAGAUAUAUAAAUGAGCCAAUUAAGUUACACUGGAUAUGCAGAAGGUGUUAAGAAUAAACUUAAGGGACCUCAGAAAGGGGGAAGGAAGUCAAGUUUUGAAAUGUUAAAAUGAUUGUAAAAUUAGUGAAAUGUAUAAAACUGAAAAGUGUGUGUAUGUGUGUGUAUGCUAUACAAUACUAUACUACUCAGAAAUGUUUAAAUGUUUAUUUGAUUGUAUUUAAAUCUUCCUGCCACACUCGCCAUCCUCUCCUUGCCACAUCAGGGUGGUGCGGCAUGGAUUUCUUAUGGACAGUGCCAAUCCUGAAUGUAUUGGAUUCCUGACCAUUAUGCUCCUUUGCCUUCAGUAGCCCUAAAGCUCUGACGGAUUGAAACGCCUCUGGUCUAUUUUUGUGUGGGGGGCAUCCUGCAACGGUGUUUCCAGUUUUUACAUUGGAAUCCACUCUGGAUCAAUACUGAGUAGAAUUUCAACGAGAGCGAGGCGAGGCAGCUUCGAGGCCAGACAGGUCCCUCGAAGGAAACCUGAGGUAAAACAACCACGUGACCCCACAAGAAGAGGACAUUUGGCCCCUUUGUGAGGUGAGGGGAAAGGUAGCCAGGCAACUAUGUCGACGGGGAGUGAGGGCGGGUGGCUGAGGGACGUCGCCAGUCACUAUUUUGGGGGGUGGGUGGGUGGGGGUCGGCAGAGUGCGUGUGCCCGGCUUCAUUAUGCGGCGGUUCCGCGAGUGACGACGAGGCGCGCGUCUUCCUUUGGCGCGCUUUCCCCCCCAUCCCCACGCCCCUCCCCCCACCCCACCUGGGCUCGCGCCCGCCAACGGUCUCCCAACGGUUUCUCUCGCCGCCGCGUUCUGAGGCGUCAGAUGCGGAGGGGAGUCGCGCGCCGGCACUAAAACCUACGCGGGAGGGAGGGGGUGCGCGCGCGAGGAGGAGGCGGCGGCGGCGGCUCGGCACGCGGCCACCGCUCCCCUCGCCAGCCAGCCGGGAGGCUCGUGCCCGUGUCCCAGCCCUUCUCUCCCCUCCGCAGAGGGGGAGGGGGCGAGACUGGGCGUGCGUGGGAGGGGGGGACACACACACACACGCACGCGCGUCUGUGAGGGGGGCCCCCCAUGAGCAGCAACGGCGGUGGCGGCGGCGGCAGCCUCGGCGAGCCGCCGGAGGGCCCCGCCCCGCGCUCGGAAGCGACGGCGACGCCUCCUCCUCCGCCGGCUCCUGAGGUAACGGCCGCCGCCGGCGGGGCCGUCCGGGGCGAGAAGCCCGAGACGCGCUCGGUGUGCAGCAACAGCAGCGGGGAUGGCGGCGGGGGCGGCGCCGGCCCCAUCUGCAAGAUCUGCUUCCAGGGCGCCGAGCAGGUGAGCGCUGAGGCGGGACGGAGGGGCGCAGAGAGAGAGGGGUGGAAGACUCCCCACACACGCCUUCGUUAAAUUGACACGACGCGGGCUGGGGGGGGGGGGGGCGGCAGGGAAGGAGGGAGCCGCGCGCACGUGGCAGGCGAGGGCGGCCGUCAGCACCGCGGACAGCGCCAGCCGUCGCCGCCGCAGGGAAAGCUCGGCGGCGCCAACGAGGAAGCGGGGCAUCCCGCGUCUCGCUUCGCCGGGAUGGUAACAGUACCGGAGUGUUGGCUGGGACUUGGGGGGGGAGGAUGUGUGUGACCGCCGAGGUGAUCCCAUUGACUUAGGAAACGGAGCGGCCAUGCCCCUUCAGGGCUCGCUGGGACCAGAUACAGAUAUUUAUUUAUUUACUAUUAAAUUGUAAGUGUGAGAUCCGCAGAUUUAAAAGCCCCACCCGCUGUGGCAAGGAAGCGGAGUGGUCAUGCCCCUUCUAGGUUUAGUGGGAGCAGAUGCCCAUAAUUGCUUGCUUGCUUGCUUGCUUGCUUAUUUAUUAAAGUGAGAUCCACGGACUUAACUGCCCCACCCACUGUGGCAAGGAAGCAGAGUGGUCAAGCCCCUUCUGGGCUUGGUGGGAGCAGAUACAGAUAUUUGUUUAUUUAUUAUUAAAGUGAGAUCCACAGACUUAACUGCCCACCCGCUGUGGCAAGGAAGCGGAGUGGUCAUGCGCCUUCUGGGCUUGGUGGGAGCAGAUACAAUUUCAUAGUAAAUAAACAAAUAUCUGUAAGUGUGAGAUCUGCAGACUUAACCAUGCCACGCGCUGUGACAAGGAAGUGGAAUGGACAUGCCUAUUCUAGGUUUGAUGGGAGCAGAUACAGAUAAUUGUUUUAUUUAUUUGCUUGCUUGUUUAUACAUUUUAAGUGUGAGAGAGCCUCAGACUUAACCGCUAAGUAGUCAUGCCCCCACUAGGCUUGGUGGGAGCAAAUACGGAUAAAGUUUAUUUGUUAUUAAAUCAUAAGUAUGUUGUAACUUAAUUGCCAAUUCCUGUGUGAGGCAUUAUUCAGAGAAGUUGUGUGGAACCAUGUACAUCUAACUAGUGUUUAUAAGCAGUAGAGGCACUGGUCAUUUUUAGAUGCAAAAGUGCAGGUGGUAGAGAAUGCGGAAUACUGAUGAAUGGGCCAGUGGGGAUAAAUAUGUAUUUGAAAACAGAAUCUAAAGCUAUUGGCAAGCACAGUGGUGUAUCUAUCACCUACAAUAUUAAGUGGAUGGAGCUGGGUUGUUAGAGGGUAAAAUGUGCUUAUUACUGCAGCUCAUAGAUACACAUCACGCCGUUUUGUAGGUAGUGGGAUAACUUUUCCUGUGGAACUGUCAAACUGUAGGAAGCUACAAGGCACAUGAAGGGAGGCAUGAUUCUCAAACCUCAACAAGCAGCCAGCACUACAUCUUCAAGAUUCCUGCAUUGCAGAGGGUUGGACUAGAUGAUCCUCCUGGCCCCUUCCACCUCUACAAUUCUAUGAUUCUUUGAUUUUCCAUUGAUAUUAGCCCUCAAUCUCAUUUUUUUGCUCGCUGCCAACCUAGACUUCAUAUAUAGGUGUUUUUCUGGAGCCAAGCAAGAGACUGAGACUUAUAAGAAAGGGAAGUUGUUGUUUUUUAAAAUCAAUUAAAUAUCAAUUUCCUCCAGUCCAUAGAAUACUGUAUGCAGUUGUAUAUGUAUAGCUCUGCACAAGAAUGUAUGUAUGUCUCCCUGCUCAACUUCACCUAUCAACAAUGUGACUUGUUUCUCUACAUAGUCUGGUAUUAACUAUCUUUCCAUUCUGCUUGGUAAUUUGUAGAGAAAGAAGUUAUCUGAAUCAACAGUAUGCCCUAAACCAGGAUGUCAUAUAGUUAGAGCAUUCCCAGUAGAUUAUGCCUAAUCUAUUCUCAAAACCUUCAAAGAAGGCCAUUUAUAGGAUAUAUAUUUCCUUCCACAUCCUGUCUAGUUUUAUCAAAGGUAACCAUACUCUUCUCCUCCAACCUUUAGUAAACUCUUUCCCAUUUUUAUAUGUGUUGUGACAAAUACUAUUUCCCCGUUAUCAGUGGCAUUGUUAUUUUGUCACAAUACCCCACCGUUGAUGCACUGUGUUCAACUUGUUGUUUCCAGGAACCCUAAAUUAGGCUUGCCAUUCAAAACGGCGGUUCGAAUCCCUGCAGUGGGGUAAGCUCCUGUUGUUCGGUCCCAGCUCCUGCCAACCUAACAGUUCGAAAGCACGUCAAAGUGCAAGUAAAUAAAUAGGUACCACUCCUGCGGGAAGGUAAACGGCGUUUCUGUGUGCUGCUCUGGUGUCACCAGAAGUGGCUUAGUCAUGCUGGCCACAUGACCCAGAAAAACUGUCUGCGGACAAAAGUCGGCUCCCUUGGCCAGUAAAGUGAGAUGAGCACUGCAACCCCAGAGUCAUUUGUGACUAGACUUAACUGUCAGGGGUCCCUUACCUUUACCUUUUACCACCAGCCCCAGCCAGCAUGGCCCAAUGAUCAAGUAUUGUGGGAAUUGGAAUAUAAAACAUCUGGAGGGCACCAGGUUGGGGAAAGCUGUCCUAAAUCAUUUGUAGAAAUCUCAAAUUGCUAGCCAAAUAUCCCCCAGUCAUACAGUAGUUUACAUUGGUCCUUACUUGUUCCAUUUUUUACCUUUCUAUAUCUUUAAUUUAUUGACAUAGCGCUGGAUUUUGUAACCACUCAUUGUAAGGAUUUCCAGACUAUUAGUUCUGUAUAAUCCACAGUUUAAUGCCUGCUGUCCCCUCUUUCUCCAAGUCAUUAAUAACGAGUCAAAGCUGUCAACUUAAACAGAAAGAGCUCCGUAUUCCCCCACUUGGUUCCCUUGCAUAUUCUACCAAAUUAGUGGUAAUUCUUAAAUCUGUCAUUACAGCCUUAGAGCUGUCUCAUCAGGUGACAAUUUCCUGUGUUUGAUACUUACGGCUCACUUUGUGGUUCACUGUGCUGUUUAAAUUAAUGGGCCCAAAGUUUCUAUGCAGUGAAAACUGAUUGCAGAUAGCAACGGAAUUUCUUCCAAGGUUUCUGCAGUGAACGUCAAGAGACUUCCCUUCUCCAGACUACAGUAAAGAGCUACUUCAACAGGAUGUGUGCUGGUGAUAGUGAUCUGUUGUGGGUGAUUGUUUAUCUGAAUUUGUGUAUUAAAGAGGCAUGAACAAUGUGACACAUGUUUCUUUGUAAGCGGAUGACAAAACUCCAACAUAGUCUAAUGUGAUGCUCUGAAAUUCUGCAUUGCAGCGGUACAGAAUAUGUGACUAUGUAAAUUAGAUAAGUCUAGUAAUGGUUUCUUUGCAUAUUCUACACUUUUUGUAUAGUGGUGUAAUUAGUUUUACUCUUUGGAAUUUUGAAUUUUAAGUUUUGUGAAGCAGUGGGAAAUAAGCUUUAGGAUUCUUGGAAAGGCAUUAGGGAAAGGUUUAAUUUUAUACAAGAAGGGAGGCAUGGACCUCCGGGAGCCAAGGAAAGAGGCUGAUGAAUCACUAAAGACUUACUCAGUGAAUGUUGAAAUCUGUACUCACAUGUUACCUACAUAUGCUUAAGUGUUCUAGGCAUAUAAAAACAUCUCAAAAUUUGCAUUAUUUUAAGAUGGACAUUUAGAUUUGAGACUCUUGUUAAGCUGCAGGACAUAUUAUUAGAUGCCACAUUCACCAUUAAUGCUCAAAAAUUUCAAAAAUUGCAAAUGAACAUUUUUGCAAAUACAAUACAAAUGGUAUUGCUCUUUGCUCAAAGAGUUAACUUGUCUAUAUGUUUUUCCUUUCUUUUUUGUGACCCUGGGAUGGGAGAAUAUUGAAUAAUAUUUCCGAACUAAACUGGUGGUCGGGGCCAGGGGAGGUUAUUCCAGCUAAUAUAAUAUAUAUUUUUUAAUGCCAGCAAACUGAUUUUAAGAGACACUGUUCAAGGAUUUGGAAGCUUAAUAUUAUAUUUAUUAUGACAUUUAACCCUAUUUGUUAUUUUUCCUAGGGUGAAUUGUUAAAUCCCUGUCGAUGUGAUGGGUCAGUUCGGUAUACACAUCAACUUUGCCUGUUGAAAUGGAUUAGUGAAAGAGGGUCCUGGACUUGUGAACUCUGCUGUUACAGAUACCAUGUUAUAGCAAUUAAAAUGAAAAACCCUUGUCAGGUAACAUUUCAAAAUUCCAAUAAUCAUACAGACUGUAUGAAUACAGUAACAAUUUUUUAUACUUUGGUUUAUUCAUCAUUUUAUUAACUGCUCUCCAUUCACUGAGUCUGCAUGUCCUUAUCAUAAGACACAGUAAAUAUUUUCCAUUCAGUUCAUCAGUGAGGAAAAAUAUGGCAACAUCAAGCUUAGGCAUUAAAGUUCUUAACUUCGUCAUACCUUAAGAGCUGUUUAGGUUCUGCUUAAAUUCGCUUGACAACAUAGGAUUGCUCCAGAAAUUAAAUUCUGCCUGGCAGUGCUUUGAUAAGUGCCAAAUCUCUAAAUCAGUAACGUGCAAGUUGAAAGGAUAUAGUGAAGGUUAUCCUGAGAAAUUAAGGGCCGAUUUUGCCAGAUUUAUGCUCCUUUACAUUGUCCAAGGUACAAGGGUUGAUAUCAGUGUGCAAUAUUUUUGUAGACAUGAUGUUAAAUGAGCCUUUGUGCAUUUCUCUCAUGCUGUGAUUCUGAUGAAAAUUCCUCCACUGAAGCUGCCAUUUGCACUGGGAUUUUGCAAACCCAGUGUAUUAAUCCACUGUACUGUUGGAGCCCUUACACCUCUUCAAAGCCCAGCACAGCUCAAGGGCUGGGAGGGGUGUGCACAACAAAUUUUGGUCAUCCAGAGUGCCUCUGGUGGGGGGCACACGGGAAGGGGGGGGAGCGCUGUUGUACAAGCAGAAGUCCUUGCACAGGGCUUCCAUUGAUGGAGUUCCCACCCAAUGUAGAUAACAAAUUUUGCAAUUAGAAUAGAGUUGGACUAGGCAAACUAUCCCCAACCCCAUCCCCACUAAUUCCCCUGGUGUACCACCCAUUAUUCCACUAUGCAGCACAAAACCUCCAGAUAAAAACCUGGCAAACCAAAGGCUUCUAUCGCCUAAUAGACUUUUUUAAAAAUAACAAACCUUUGCCAACACAAGAAAUACAAGAUAAACUAGAAGACACCCAAAUGCCCUGGUUAGCACAACACCAAUUACAUGCCCUCUUAAACAAUCCAGCAGUAAAAUCAGCAGCAACUAGGCCCCUGACAACCUUCUAAAACUUCCUCCUAACAACAAAGGGACACAGUAAAGGAAUGGUAUCUGCAAUAUACAAAAUACUACUCCAAAAUCCAACAAACCCCCUAGACGCAAUCAAAAAACAAUGGGAGGAUGACAUAGACUAUGAGAUUAAUCCCACUCAAUGGAUCAGAAUGUGGUCUAAACCCCGCUUUAAAUCCAUAUCAAUGAGAAGAAAAGAACUCACUCUGAAACUCACCUACAGGUGGUACCUAACACCAAGAAAACUAGCGCUAAUACGCCCAGGAACCUCACCAAAAUGCUGGAGAGGGUGCACCUCCAUAGGCACAUACCUCCACAUGUGGUGGGAGUGCCCCAAAAUCCAACUAUUUUGGACAACAGCCAUACGAGAAAUAUGUAAAAUAACUAAGCAAGUAUUAGAAAUCACCCCAGAAUUGGCCCUACUAAACAUCUUCCAAGACAAUAAUGCCCAUUUACACCACAAAUAACCCACCUACUUUCAGCAACCAGAAACACCAUAACCAGGCACUGGAGAGACCUGUCAGGUGUAAGCAUGGACCAAUGGUACCAAAUAGUAUGGGAAACAGCCUUAUUAGAAAAACUAACCAAUAAACUGAAACUGACACGGGGACAAAUGGAAGAAAAUGCCUUCACCCUGGUAUGGCUCCCCUUUAUCACAUACAUAGCCCAACAAGACAACGACAAGAAACCACCAACAGCAUACAAAUCAGUAUGGCUAACUUGAUCGAAAACACCCACCCACCCCACUCACACAUGAAAACAAAGAUCACUACAGCCAAUCACAAACAAACAAACAAACAACCAGAUAACCACGCCCUAGGUCAACCCUAACCUCUCUCACCACCACAGGAACACAAGUGAAUAGCAGAGAACCUGCACAAGCGGCCCUGACACAAAACCACACAUAUCUUAAGUAUAAUAGAAACAUCGCCACCCACCCCCACCCAUCUUCCCCCUCCCCCCUUUCCCCCUCUUCUUCAUAAUGUCUCAACAAAUGAAACUGAUCUGUAAAAAAUGUUACUUGGAGAAAAAAGAGAGAGAGAGAGAGACAUUACACAUAUUUUUGUAAACCAAGAAAAUCUUUAAUAAAAAUACAUUAAAAAAAAAGAAUAGAGUUGGGCUAGAAUUUUAAAAAAUGCAUUUUUAGCCCUAUUUCUAAAAUCCCUAGCUUUCUUAAAUUUGGAAAUUCUGAUUAACCCUAUAGGUUAAAUCUGACAGAAAACCUGCCACUUCCUUUAUUUAGUUAAAUCUCUAAGACCAGGGAUGGAGAAGCUUAGGCUGUGGGGUGAAUUAAGCCUUUCAGGCCUAUCUAUCUGGCACUCAGGACAAUCUCCACAGCCCCACUCCCUAGUCACACCCACCCUCUCCCAGGCCAUACCACCCCCAGCUUUGCUUUGCACCCUCUUGGAGUUUUUUUGCUGGGCUGAUAAUCUUGCUUGUUUGCCUGGAUGGAGGAUUCAGAAGGGUGUGAGAAUGUGUGUAGAAACUAGUCUACAGAAGCUGCAUUCAUAUUAAUGGCUCUGCCUGUUACCAUGUCCACUUUUGUUUCUGGCUCCACCUGCCACUGGCAUAUGGCUCCCAGAAGGCUGUCCAGAAGAGAAUGUUUCCUACCUCUCUUCAGUGAUGAAUGGAGUUUCACUCACCUGGGUAGAAUAGGGCACAAUAAUUCAUUCUUCCCAAUAGGCUUUGUAAUAUUUUAUCAUUUAGUAUUGAAACAGUUUUUGUCUUCACUCUGUUGCUCCCAAAUACAUAAAGACCUUGGCAGCUACAAUGUGUAAAAUGUGCAAGACAUUUAUUCCUGUUCAUUCUACCUCUCUGCUGUAGGAAGUUAUCAAAGCACUUAUUUUUUCAGCACCACUAUCAAAACAUACAUAUUUCCCCAUACAGAUUAAAUUACAAACAUUUAGCACACACUUUCCCCACUACUCCCCACCCUUGUGAAUUGAUCUAAAGCCUUCUUUAGGGAUUCUGGAAAUCUGGGACUAUAACCCAUUGGCUGGAUGGGGAAGGGGAUGAGGAGAUGAAUGUGCUAGUUCUGCCUCAUUGCCCUUCAUGAGUUGAAGGGCAUCUGUCUGAAGCAGGGUCCUAUAUAUUACUGUAUUUUUUGUUUCUAUGGAAGCCGCCCAGAGUGGCUGGGGAGGCCCAGCCAGAUGGGCGGGGUACAAAUAAUAAAUUAUUAUUAUUAUUAUUAUUAUUAUUAUUAUUAUUAUCCCACAAAGAGCAUACAUGAGUAGGAACAGGGACCCUUCGACUUAUAGAAAGCAAUAUGAUUGGGGGCAGAGAUAGCAUGUUGGCUCUCAUGGCACCCCUCACAUAUUGUAUUACUAGAUUUCCAGACCACCUAAGAGGAUUAGACUGUAUUAUGUCUCAUUCAAUUUGGGAGGGGGGAUGCUCUCACCCAACAGCAUUCCCCUGACAAGUCAUGCUUCUCUUUGUCUUGACACAUAGAAAUAUUUAAUGUCAGUAGUAAUUCUCUUAUUUGGCAAAGAAUCUCUAGGCACAAUUCCAUUAAGAUCACAUGAUCACAUGAACAUUCUAGUCACAUUGUCUCCCAGAGACAAUGAAAGGAUCUAUUGUGAGUUGCUGACACCUCACUAUGCCAAGGUCACAGGGCUUAUUUCAUCUGCAGUCAUCCCUCUUUCUUCUACUUCUCGCCACUCCUACCCUGGUUUCCUAGCCCACAUGGUCCAAAGUGCUAAUAACUUGGGGGGGGGGGGGAAUGAUCUGUUUUGGUGUAUAUUCUGUUAGACAAACAGGGUUGAUCCAUGCUUAUUGGCUGCCAACAAUUCCUCUUUCCAUUAUCUCAGUUGCUUACAUAGGGCAUAAUCCAUGACCGGCUCAUCCAUGAGGCAAGGUGAGGUGACCACAUUGGGAGGGAGGAUCCACAGGGGCAACAGAUCCGCCUCCAAGGAAUACAUUGCCUGCUUCUGCUGUUGCCACAGUGGCAGUGAUAGCUGUGUUGGAUCUGCAUCCUCCUCAGCAGCUGCCCCCCCCCUGUGCCAGCUCUACAGCUGCCCCUUGGUGAAUAGGAGGUGCUGCUGGUCUCCUCUUGCCCCUGCUCCCAAUGUAGAUCUUUAUUCUCCCCUUGUUCCUGAUGUACAUCUUCACUCACCCCUUCUUCCCUGGUGGGGAGGGGAACAUUUUGUGGUUUGCCUCAGGUGCCAAAAUGUCUGCGGCUGGCCCUGGUAUAAUCUCUAACUGAAGUAGAGAGCAAUGGUGACUGUUGCCUGCUGGGAAAAAGGGGAGGUAGAGCUUGUGGUAGAGCUUGUGGUAGAGCUUGUGGUAAUUGAAACCAAUUUUUUUUUAAAUGAUAUUUAUUAAGAGUUUUAAAGUUACAGAAAGAACAGAGAAGAAAAAAAAAGAGAAAAAACAAAAGAAAAACAAACCACAAUCAAACAAUACAAAUUGAUAAAAAUCAAAAUCAAAAAAUAAGAACAAAGCACGUAACAGAACACAAUCAAAAAACAAAAAUAAGCCACAAAAAUCCAAUAUUCUCAUAUCCUUGACUGGCAUUACCUUCUUUCUUUGACCUCCUCACUCCUCCCUUUUUUUGUAUCCUAGUUAUUAAUAGUCACAGCAAAUCCUUUCCAUUUUUCAUAAUAUUCUGUCAUUACAUUACCUUAAUCUAUUUUAACCUUAUCUUACUAUGAAAGACCUUAAAACUUAAAACUUAGAUCUUAUUUAUACCAAUUUCUCAUAACCAUAACAUAUUCUUACAUAAUUCUUUUAACAUUUUUGCUAAAGCCAAAUAAUUUCGUUCCAACAUUUUUCUAACAUUCAUCAAUUUUAUAAAACAAUCCUAAUAAAAAAAAAAAUUCUUCCAAUCUUCAUCCAGCGUCUCUUCCUCCUGGUCCCGGGUUUUGUCAGUGCUUUCUAUCCCAUCAAUCUAGCGCAUUAACCUGGUAAUCUUAUGUCAGAGGCCCUUAAGUCUCUUCCAUGUCUCUUCCGCGGCUCUUCUUCAUAUUUAUACCUGUACUUUACUUUGUCUCCUGCUCCUUUCACUUGUGGGAACUCCAGCUUAACAGUGUUUUUGACCCUUCUCAACAAAUCAAUCCCUUUUCCAUGCUCCACACUAAACUCCAUGUGGUAUUUAAAAACAUGUUUCAAAAUCCCUCCAGAAUUAAGAGCCCCCACAACCCCAAACAUCUCACGGCCCAUUGCCAGACUUGAAAAGUCCAAACAUCCCUGCAUAGGGGGGUCUAUCCAACCCCCCAUUUCCAAACCAAACCAAACUUUGUCUUUCCAAAUCUGGCUUUUUCCAAGUUCAUUUGUCAGAUCCAAAAACUCAUGUUCCUGCUGGGCCACAGCUCCCUCCAUCUCUGGCGCCCGAGGUUCAACAACAUCCUCUUCCCUCAUCUGAUCUGUCAGAGCACACUCCUGAUUUAAUUCCUGGGUGGGACACUACCUGUCCGAAAUUUCCGAUCGCAGCAGUCAUCAAGUCCGUCUUCUCAUGUAGCUGUUCCAGUAGGGCACUUGUUUUGCAGAAAGCACGCAUCAGAGCUUCUGGAUACAUUUUCCUGCAAGGUCAGAAGUCUAUUCCCACGAUCGUAAUCUGCUGCAGCUGCAGAGCUCCCCGAUUCAGAUUUAGUAACAGUUUCACAGGCUCCCUCUAGGGGAAGAACUUCUAUUUGUUCUUUUCUUUUAAAGGCAGAUCUAACAACAAAGUUUCCUUUUUCAGAUAUUUUGUCAAUAUUUGUUCCUUUAAUAUGCGAAGGAGAACAAUGGAAUCACUAUGUUUCUCUUCUUUUAACUAUCUGUCAAAAACGUUUGUCUCUGGUCAAUGAGCUUCCCAAAGAACGUCAGUCCUGACACCCGCUCCCAGGAUCAAGACGGUGGAAAAUUACUUUGCUUUACACUCUUUUAGCAGGUUUAAACAGUCCGGGGAAAAAAAAUCCCCCCUCUUCUCCUGCUUCCGAAGGGGGUUCAACAAUUUUAAAUGAUGAAAGUUAAUCCUUUACAAGCGAUUUUCUGAACUCUAGUUUGCCAUGUCUUUGCUUUAAUCUAUCUACAAGAAACGGAAGGCUGACUUCCUGUUUAGACCUUCCCGUUUCAGUGCCAAAUUGAGAUGAAUUUCUUGGUCCAAUUUUCCUUUCUACUCGCAGGUCAUUAUUCAAAGUCCAAUUGUCCGAAAUUAAAGUACUCACGGGUAAUUGUUUUAAAAGCCAAAUUGUCCCAGGAAAAAGGCAGCGCUCUCCGGCAACGGCUGUGCGGCUUCGCUCCACGGAAGAAGCAGUUGACUCUCAGCACCGCGCCAUCUUCGCUCCGGAGCCCGUAAACGGGUUCCUUUACGGGUUGGGGGGGCGCUAAAGGUGCCCGCCGAGUCCCAUGGUCACAGGCGUCAUCCGCCUGUGAUUUUUGAAAGGGUCCCUGCUUCGCCGUAGCGGGAAAGACCCGUUUUCUGUGGAGCUGGUCCCUCCGGAUCAGAGGGAGUCCGCCAUUACCGAUGGCGCCACCCCGGAAGUCGAAACCAAUUUUAUUUCCAGGGAAAUUUUUCUGUAACCAGAAAAACUGAAAAUGACAAAAAAUAGUGUGCAAGUGUUCCCAUUUUCCAAUAUUAAUCAUUAGGCUAGAUGUUGAAGAGCUUGGGAGAACCUAAAAGUUUGCACACUAUUUUGUGAUUUUGUUUUUAUUUUAUUGUAAUAAAGGCAUUGUCAUAAUAUGGUUUCAGGAUUUCUUUUAUGGGCUAACACUGCUGCCAUUAUUUUCUACAUUUAAGGUCUCCCACAACUGCAUGGUUAUAUACUAAUACCAGUACACUAGUAAGAAUAGAACAAUUCUUUUAUGUAUUAUUCUAGCACAUACUUUUUAUACAUUAAAAAAACCAAUCUUUUAAAAUUUCAUUGAAGUAACAUAUGAAAUGUUCAUAUGGUUAUGAACUUGAGAUGUAACCAUUGUAGUGAUGAAUGUGGUUCUGUCUUUCUUUGAUAAAUGUGAGGAAAUAGCUAUAACCAAAAUACCUGUAAUUUGAUAGCUUCUCUCACUGUGUUUUUUUCCAGAGGUUUUACUAAAUAGCCGAAGCUGACAAGCUUAAAAAAUUAUUUUGGCUGAGCAUUGUUCUUUUCCUUCAUCAAAAAUAAUGUUGGGUUCUACAUUUUUAAAAAGAGCAUUUUGGAAGGAUAAAAUUAUUUUCCACAUGAGCAUAUGUUGGUUUUUCUUUCUCUCUCUCUUGCACAAACAACAUUGUUUUAUGUAGCAGGAUUUCCCUGGAGAAAUUUUUCAAGUAUAGUCCAUCUAUUGACUCAGCUUAAGUCAAAAGCUUUUAAAGUUUUUCUGAUUUCCAUGGUAGAGAUAAUUUUCAAUUGUAUACCUACUUUCCUAGGAUUAAGUCUCAUUGAAAACAGUGGAAGUUUUUUAAUCAUUCUUCUUCUUCAGUGUAUAGAAUUACACUGUUAAGUACAUAUAAAGUUUAUGCAGGAAAUUAGGAAUAUAUUUUCUCAUAACUGUUAGGUGAUUUCUGAUUUCAACAUUUUUAUGUGGUUUUUAUUGUAUAAUUCUUGUAAAUGGCACUGAUAUUUUUAUGAAUUGUGAUAUAUAAAUAUUUUUAUAAAUAUUAAUUAUAGUGUUCACAUGGUUCUAUAUUUGCACCAAGUAUUUAACUGUCAUUUCUAAGCAGCAUGUCAUUUCUGUGUGACACUCCAAGCUGUUAUUUAAACUUCUUCAAAUUUAAGCAGAUUUAAUGGGAGGGAUGGAGGAGCCUAUUGCACAGGUAUAAUGCAGCAUACAUGUAAAAAGGCUCUAUGAACAUUUUCAUGGGUUGUCAUAACAGACCUUCAAUGUUUUUGUAAACAUUUUAUACCUUGUUAUGUCUUCUUCCUUCUAGUGGCAAAGCAUUACUGUAACUCUGGUUGAGAAAGUGCAGAUGAUUGCUGUAAUGUUGGGAUCACUGUUCUUAGUAGCAAGUGUAACUUGGCUUCUGUGGUCAGCCUUCAGUCCUUAUGCAGUAUGGCAAAGAAAAGAUGUCCUUUUUCAAAUCUGCUAUGGAAUGUAUGGUUUUAUGGAUCUGGUGUGCAUAGGUAAGGUCAAAAAAUGAAAUCAUUCAUUCAUUUUGUUAAAGUUGAUAAGAAAUAAUUUGGAAUAUGCUUUUUUUCUUACAUAUAUAAAUGUAUGUCUGUUUCUUCAGGAAGUAGAAAUCAUACAUCAGCAAAGUUCUCAAGUGUAAAGUUUUUAAUCAACAAUAAAUAAAGCAAAGAUUUUAAAAUUGCCCAACAGCAGUUAUUUGUACACAAAGCCUGGCAUAUCAAAGGGAUUGGGACAUGACACAAGGAGCAUAUAGGUCCAGUAUUUAUUACAUCAUCUCCACUGAUUUUCAGUUUGUUUUCAAGCCCAAUUCAAAGUACUGUUUUUAUUCUGAAUAUUAUAACCUUGAAGUCUCCUGCUGUUUGAACCCACCUGCUUACCCAAAUAAUCAUUUAAGGCUCUUUUUUGUACCCCUACCCCCACUGUCUGAGGUGCGGCAGGUGGUCACUAGAGUGUUUUCAGUGGUGGUAUCCAGGCUGAUACUGUCCCAUAAGAAACUCAUUUAGUUCUCUCUUUGUUUCAUUUUUGAUGCACAGUGAAAACAUUGGGUUUUUUAGAAGGUGUUUGGCCUCAAUGAAACUUGAACAUGUCCUUGAUUUUGUUGUCUGCUGAUGUCCCUGUUGCAUUUUUUAAUUCACUUCUUAUUUUGUGUGUGUUUGUGUGUGUGUAAUUGUUUUAAUUUGUUCCGCUUUGUUAUUGUUGCUAGCCAUCUUGGGGGAACUUGAUGAACAGAAAGAUGGGAUGCAAAUAACAAAUUAAUAAUAAUGUUAGAAGUGCUUAAAAGUGCUUAAUUAUGGCUCAGUUGUAGCUACAGGUUUUAUAUUAGCACCUGCAGGGUUAGCAUACUUUGCUGUUGCAGUGUCUGAGUCUCACACUGCAUUAAUUUAUUGUAUAUGUACACACACAAUACAUGCAUGUACACACAUUGCUGGACUACAUAUACCAGAUGGUCUAAUCCAACAGGCCUUUGGCUUGGAGCCAAUUUGAUUCCCUCCCCCUCUUUCUUUUUUCUUUUUCCUUUCUCCUCCUGUGAUGAGGCUGCAUUUUAAUAUUUUAAUGUUUCAAUAUUUUAAUGUUGUAUUUUAAUCUUUUUAAAGUUCUAUUCCUUCAACUUGUUUUUAUUAUUGCUUGUUAGCCACCCUGAGCCCAGCCUUGUCUGGGGAGGGCGGGGUAUAAAUAAAAAUUAUUAUUAUUAUUAAGACAAAAAGUCACAGUUGUUUAUAUUUAGCUUUCUUUCUUUAAAGGCUGGCCUUUAAUAAAUUAUAAAAUUAUAUAAUUGAUCAGAUUUAUGAUGUAAUUGAUUAGGUUUAUAAUGUAUGUGCUGUGUCGCCAACUUAUACUGAUUCAGCAAACAAAUGAAACAUUUAUGGUAGUAUAAGUUUAAAAACCAUCAUUUUCUCUUGCUCAGAACCAAAAAAAAUGCCUGGAUGCAUAUCAGUUUAUUACAACAUAUAUAAAUGGGUCCUUUUUUUUUUUUAAUGAUAUUUAUUACUUUUUCAAAAUUUUCAACACAACACUACAGAGAAAAAGAAAAAAGAAAGAGAAAACAAUACAAAUAACAAAUCAAGCAAAAACAAAAACAAUUUAAAAACAGCUCAGACAUUUUCAAUAUCUUAUAUUUCUUUCUCUUAUUUCCAGCGACUUCCUCACACCUCCCCUUUUGUAUUCUACUUCUAUUAUUUGUUUCAGCAAUUCCUUUCCAUCUUACUGUUUUCUGUUCUAUAAUUAUCUUAACACAUUCUUGCCAUACUUUUCCUUUAAUUUUCUUUAAUCUAUUUAUACUUAAUUCCUUAUGACAUUUCUACUAAAGCCAUGUAAUUUCAUUCCAACAUUUUUCUAACAAUCCUUAAUUUUACAAUAUUUCUAUAAAUAUAUAGAAAUAUUUCUAUAUAGUUUUUAAACUUUUUCCAAUCUUCUUCCACCGACUCUUCUCCCUGGUCUCGGAUCUUGCCAGUCAUUUCCGCUAAUUCCCUAUAGUCCAUCAACUUCGUCUGCCAUUAUCCAACACUUUGGUGUUUUCAAGAAGCAACCAUUCUCUCAACCAGCAAAAAGCAGAUGGUUCACAACUAAGUUUAAAGGUCUGGCAGGGGAGGUCCACCUCCUUCUUUAGCAUCCAUCAAUAUCUUAAGCUUAAGUCGAGGCUUCCCGCCCUGCCAAACAACUCUAGCAGCAUCCCUCUGCCACCUCCUGAGACCCUCCAUCCCAUCCAGAGCUUGCAAUGUUUGAAACAACAGCAACAUCCCCAGCAACACAGCAGCCCCUAUCCCCACCACAACGACUCAGCCCAACAGUAACAACUUCUGAUUUGUCCAUAUUUCCAAAUUCCCCUUCUCUUCAAUCCAACAUCCUUCACGGUUGUCCUUAAGCAGAUUCACAUUUUUGGCGGUCAUACUAACCCCCAAAUACCUCUCUUUCUCAACCAAUGUUAGUCCUGUCGCCUCCUGAAGCUCUGUCAGGCUUUCCUUCUCCAACUCAGACAGGGCCCUGGUCCCCAAAUUCAUCCGCUCUUCUCUAAGUUCAAUCAUAACGCCUGUCAGCUUAUGUUCAUCAAGCUGUCUUUGUAUGGAUGGGACUCUCCUCUCCAGUUGUACCACCUUAAGUUCAGCAGCAAGGGUUUUUUCCCUGACUUCAUCUGCAGUUUGCUGUAUCAGAGUAGGUUCCUGUAUCAGUUUCUGGGUGAUUUCUGAAUUGGUAUUCACCUUUUGUCCCAACUUAUUUAAGCUUUCUACAAUUAAAUCAGUCUCAAUAUUUGCAGCAUCCAAUUUCAUAUUCCUCGCAUCUGUUUUCUUAUGAAAUUGUUCCAGCGAAUCAUUUAUUUUCAAAAAUGCAGCCACUAAGGCCUCCUCUGUCGACAUCCCGACUGUUUUUUCCCUUCCGCUUGCCAUAACACUUUAGAAAUUCAAGGUCAAUUCCAAAGUCUCACACUUUUCUUAUCUUGGAGCUGGAAAUUCCCCUAGCCCAGCUCCUGUAAAGUAACCGAUUUCAAGAGCUUCCACUAGGGGAAGACAAGUUGUAUUUGUAUCAGUCAAUAUGUCCUCUUUUAAACACAGUUUCAAUAAUCCGAAGUUAGUUUCAAUUUUCAGUUACUUUCCUCCUUUUUUAAAAGCAGCCGGAAACAGUAGAAACAUUGUAUUUCUCUUAUUUAGCUAACUGUCAAUGAACGUUCUAAGCGCUAUCAAUGAACAUUAAAAAAAAACCCCAAAAACCCAUCAGUCUUACUGGCAGCCCAUUUCCAGGGUCAGAGCGGCGGUAUUUUAAGCCUCUUCGCUCUCUCCCGCAGGCACACUCAAUCCACAACCUCCCCCUCUCUUCUCCUGCCUCCAAGAGGGGGUUUAAUGUUCUUCACCGUUGGAAAUUUGAUCUUUUACAAAAGACCUUCCAGGACUCCAGCUUGCAACUUUGUUGCCUCAGUCUAUUUACACAAAGGGAAGGCGGACUUCCUGUUUUGAACCUCCCCGUUACAAUACCAAAUUAAACUUUUAGAGAUCCAAUUCUUCCGUUUCAGCUCUACUCAUGGGUAAUUACUUUAAAGUCAAAUUGUCCACAGGAAAAGGUCAGCCUGCGAUUUUAACGGGUCUCCGCCUUCACCGUGGCGGCCAGACCCAGAUUUCCACGGAGCAGAUUCCUCCUGAUCAGAGGAAUUCCGCCAUUGCCGGAGGCGCCUCCCCCGGAAGUCCAUAUAUAAAUGGGUCCUGGCCACCUGUAAUUCAGCUACUUGGGUUUACCUGUGCUUUGGCUCAGGGUACUAAUUCAAUUCUAAUGCCACUUAUUUAACAAAUAAAUGUGCUCUGUAUGAAGAACUAAGGGAGUGAAUAAUUUGUUUCUUUUACUUUCAGGACUUAUUGUGCAUGAAGGGGCCUCAGUUUGCAGAGUAUUUAAGCGUUGGCGGGCUGUCAAUCUGCACUGGGAUGUAUUAAAUUAUGAUAAAGCUACAGACAUAGAAGAGAGCAACCGAGGAGACUCCACAACAUCUAGGACUUUGUGGUUACCACUAAAUGCAUUUAGAAACAGAAGUUUAGUUCAUCCAACACAGUUAACCUCACCAAGAUUUCAGUGUGGCUAUGUUUUGUUACAUCUCUUCAGUCGAAUGCGACCUCAGGAGGAUUCAUCAGAUGACAACAGCUCUGGAGAGGUGGUUAUGAGAGUGACUUCAGUGUAAAAGUUAUGGUCACUGUGCUACAUGCACAAGAACAAUGUGCCCUGACCUCUCUUGCAGUAUUCUGGAAUGUAGUUACAAUGAAUGGUGAAACCAUAGCACAUAAAAAUAUAUAAACUUUUUUUAAUUUAUGCUUUUAUAUGAUCAGUUGAAUUGCAAAUACAUUUUCCUGAAAAGGGUCUCUUUCUUUUUAUACCAUGAUUUAUCACUUUUUAUCUAUUUGUACUCGGCAUUUAUAAAAAUAUAAUUUAACAAUAGCUUUAAUAAUGUGGAGACAAAUAUUUUAAACUACAGCUAUUUUUGAUAGUUUUAAGUGUAUUUUCAAAGUUCUAAGCCAUCUAUAAUUUUCAGGACAUGUAAACAAGAUUAAUUGGAUGGCUUGCGUUUAGUAUACCAAUCAAAUUCAUCCAAUGUGUUACUUCCAGUUGGGUAAAGGUAUGUCUUUGAUUUUUGUCUGGGGGAAAUGUAUAGUGCUGGGAGAGUAAAGGGAAGUGGGGGCUUGUAUUCUGGAUUUAUCCAAAAUGAAAUAAAGUUUAAAGUUCAUGGAAGAUCUGUGCUCAAAACUGAUGGGUAAAAGACAAACAGUUUUGUAAGAAUGAGAAUGCUGAAAAUCUCUGAAUUAAUUCGGAAGCCUUAUUUCAUGUCAUCUAGGUAAUAAGAAUACUGUUAUCAAUAUUUAAUAAUAUAUGUACUAUGGACUAUUUUUGCCAAAUUAAUGAAAGAAAAUCAGCAUUCGCUUAUACACUCCAUUGCAGUGUAGAUUUCCAGAAUUGUGUUCCGGACUUCUGAUUUAGCUGGAGUGAUUUGUUUCUCAGUUUCACGAGAAUUAAAUUCAGUUACAUUGAAAGAAGUAUUUCCUCAUUGUAUUUGACUUCUCUUCUUCUUUGUAUCUUUUUUAUGUUACCUAAUUCAAUACAUUUAAAAUUUAAGAUUUAGAGUCAAACUUCUCUUCCCACUAGAAAAUAAGGUCCCAGAAAGACUUGCCAUUAGGGAAAAAAAAUAAUAUUUUUCCUUUGAUCACAAAGAGCACCAAUACAAAGCUCUUGCAUCAACAGAGCUUCUAUGGUACCUAGACAACUUUAUCUUGUGAGACUGGAAGAAGAAAAGAG